UAAUUUAUUUAUUUUUCCAAAAAAAAAAAUGUCUAAGCGAAGUGUGGAAAAACACUAUGCAUUAGAAAAACAUAGAGAAAAAGAGAAAACAAGAAAUAUUAGUACUAAUUUCUUAUUAUCUAAACAUUGGAAGAAAAUUUACCCUAUAGGUCUACAUAAAACAAGCUCUUCUCUUUCACUUUCUUCACUUUCUUUAUCUUUAUCACAAACUUCAAAUGAUUCUUCCAUUACUGAUUCUUCUUCAAUCACUCCAUUGGAUCAAAAAAUCUCUCUAGCACUCCGAUUAAUCGCGUCGACGACGGAGAAAAGAGAGGGUAAUUUGGUCAUUUCCAACAAAAAUGUGGCUCGAACAGUUAGUCCAACUCGUAACCCUAGUCCAAGUCCUAGUAAUGAAGAAGAACUCAUGAGGAGGUGCAAUUGGAUAACUAGUACUAGUGAUAAGGUUUAUGUGCAGUUCCAUGAUGAUUGUUGGGGAGUUCCUGUUUAUGAUGACCAUCAAUUAUUCGAGCUUCUUGCACUAUGUGGAAUGCUGAUGGAUUUCAAUUGGACUGAAAUUUUGAAGAGAAGAGAACAAAUAAGAGAAGCUUUUGGUGGAUUUAAUGCAAACCAUGUGGCCAAAAUGGGGGAGAGUGAGAUUGAAGAAUUAAUCUCAAAUACAUCACUCAAUUUAGCAGAAAGCAGAGUUAGAUGCAUAGUUGAUAAUGCCAAAUGUAUAGUCAAGAUUGUGAGAGAAUAUGGAUCAUUCAGCAGCUACAUGUGGAAUUAUGUGAAUUAUAAACCUAUAAUUAACAGAUUUAGACAUCCAAGAAAUGUUCCAUUAAGAACACCAAAAGCAGAAACAAUUAGCAAAGAUUUAUUGAAGAAAGGAUUCAGAUUUGUUGGGCCAGUAAUUGUUUAUUCAUUCAUGCAAGCUGCUGGAAUGACAAUUGAUCAUUUGGUUGAUUGUUUUAGGCAUAAAGAUUGUGUAAAUCUUGCUGAAAGACCAUGGAGGCAUGUAUGAAUUAAUUUUUUUAAUUAUGUCAUGUGUUUUUUUUUAUUUGUUCAGUUUUGUGAUGUGAAAAUAUUUUCAUAAAGUUAUUAUUUUCAAUU